GUGUGACCGUUGCUGAAAAAAUAACGUUCGAAUCGCGACUCGAUCACAGCAGCCCCAAACAACGCGAAAAGAAAUAAAAACGCUAAAUUUGUGCAAUAUUCGCGAAAUACAUCGCGUUUUGAUUGUUAUGUGCUUAGUGAAAUAAAGUGCAGAAAAACUGUUGAGUCAAAGGUUGAAGUUAAAAUGGAAUACCGUGGCUUUUACAAGAAUGCUUCCAGAGGCAACCGUUUGAAGGAAGGCAACAACCAGAUGCUUCGAUCGAAGCGAGAGAGCUCCCGACAGGAUCUGCAUUUUUCCAACAGAAAUCUCAAUGCUUCGGAUUUUCUCAGAGAAACUGAAGACGUGCAUGAUCAGCUUCAGCCGGAGGCGAAGCCCAGAUUAAGUAGCGGAAAAAAACGUCGCCGACGUUCCCGGCUAGGUGAGGAAGAGAAUAAAGAGAAUGCCUUCAAAUCAAAGUAUGAGGAACGUCUUGAUCGGUUAAAAAGGUUCAAGGAGCAACGCGCCGUUGCCAAACAGAAAUCAGUUAAAAAGAAGCCAUUCGUGGCUGUGGUUUCCAAGAAUAAUCUGAUCGACAGAGAGUACGAAAAGAAUCUUUUCAAAAAAUCGGAAGAAGAGUUGAAACGAUUGGCUGAGAAGCGGAAACUGUUGACCCCUGCUGCCAAAAAUGCCACUCCGCGUGUGGACACGCGUCGGAAGGAGGCGGCUGCAGGCGAAGAGAAGCAGCAACGAGCAAGAAGAAACAUUCUGACGGUAAAAACUCCGGCUUCGAUUAAGACGGCCAAAUCGAAGGUAGAUACGUGGCGGAAGGGAUUGACCCCGGCUGGAGGCAACAGUGAAGCUUUCUCUGUCGGUAAGAGAGAAAGGAUAGCAACGGCUUUGAAAUCAAGAAACGGCACCGCUAAGAAGAAUGUCGCUAUGAAGAAGACUACUGCGCCUGCGACAAUCGUUUCGUACAGAAAGGGGGAUGCCGAAACAGCUGGUUCUAGUAGCAAUAUGCGCUACUUGGAGGUUCGUUCGGGUCAAAAAUCUAUGCAAUUCAUGUUCCGAUUCACUAAGGACGGAAAAAUAGUGACAUCAACUAAUCGCAAGAAGCGCAGAAGCUUAGAUAAACUGCAACGGCCAAAUGCGCCAAACAAUAUACCGUUGCAUAAAUUUUCGCCCAAAGUCCUAAGCGAUGACGACGUUUUUGAAGGAAUUAGUCCAAUUGAUGUGGACACACCAACACCGAAUAAACUUGUCCUGGAUUCGGAAGCUCUCGCGAUUAGAAAACGUGAAACCAGACGUCGAUCGAUGAUUUUUACCGUGGAAGACAUCAAACAGGAAAAGCAUGACGAUUGGGCGCCGCAAGUGAUCACAGUUUCGGACGACGAUUCGCUCGUGGAAGUAGCCGUUAAGACGGAACCAAAAGUAAACCAAUCAUUCACGGUUGAACCGAAAUUGAACGAAUCGUUUACAGUGGAAGUCAAAGAAGAAAAAAUAAUUGAUCGUCGUCCUACAAUUGACGAAUCACCGAAACUAAUCGGAAGUGGGAAAAAAUCCUUUAGUGGACGUCCAUCGUUACUUUUUGUGGAGGAGAACAAUGUCCCGGGUGUAUCCACACUUUUCAAUAAUGGCCAUAACAAUCAAAUAAAAAAACGCAAUUCAUUGGUGUUUCACGAGGCUAGUACUAACGCUCCAAAAAUUGCCACGAUUGAAGUGUUCGACUCUCCUGUACGAACGACGAUGAGUCCUCGACGUCGUUCGCUGACACCGCGAAUGAGCUUCGUUGAAGAAGAUGUUGAUACGAUGACAAAGCCACUUCCGGAAGGUAAUCUGGCGACAGUUCUGCUGAACAAACAGCAGGAAUCCAAGCGUCGUAGCAGCGGGGGAAGUAGGCGUUCAUCUUUGGUCAACUUCCGUGAAGAAGAUCAACCGCCCACAGAUGUUCGCGAGAAGGUUGUCUUUUAUUACAAUUUGGUUGAGAAAGAGCUGCAGCGAUUACAAAAGCUUUGUGAUUUAUACAAAGAUGAUGUGGACAAUGAGGAAAUUGAUGAAAACAGCAAGGGAUUGAUUAUUGCCGCUCAAGGACAAACAAAUAUUUUGAUCAAUAAGAAGCUAUCUAAAUUUAAAGAGUUGGUCGGGCACUAUGAGCGAAGCUGGGCCGAUCAGAAAGUACGAACCGACGAUCUGGACGGUUUUUGGUUGAUGGUGUCGCUGGAUUUGGAAAAUCUAGAUCGACGCUUCGAGGAGCUUCGUCUUCUUAAAGAGAACAACUGGCAAGAAAUUGCCGAACAACCCAAGACGAAGAAACUUAAGAAUGGAGGUGGCAUCAAAAAACGCGAAAAGAAACCCAUGAAAACCAAAGCCAGUGGGCUUGCCGAUUUGAUCAAAAAGGCUCGCGAGGAAGCCAAAAAGAAACUGAUGAUGGAAGCGGCCCUCACAGAAACUGUCAAAGUGGUAACACCAAUGAAACGAUCUGUUCGUAUCGCUACAACGCCCCGGCGGAGCAGUGUCACUCGAAAUAGCAUAUGUACCGGUUGCACCCCGACACCAGGCAAAAGUGCGUCUAAGAAGUCACGGAAAACUAUCUUCAACGAUCACACCCUUCGGAAACACGAAAUUGUGAAAUCGAUUCUAAAAACACCCAGUGAGAAACGUCGUGCUAAAAGUGUCUUGUUCCUGGACUCCGGACUAGACACCCCGGAAGCUCGCCCAAGUGGUGGACGCAAAAUUAUACACACUCCGAAGCCUAAAAUCACCUUCAACGAAGAGCUGGACGUUGAAGAUAUUGAAGCGAUAUCGCACACCAAGUUACAGAACGAAAUUCGCAAACGGCGGCGCAGUUCGCUGUUUUCGAAAGAGUGUCACGCUCCGGAGCCACAAUCCGAAGAAGAGAAAGAAGAACCUCAGUGUCACCAGCAAGGCAGGCGGAGAACUUUACGCUUCUCGGUGGAUGCCGCUGCUGAUGAGGAAGCGGAACAGGAGGAAGCUCGAGACAAAGUAGCUUCGCCUGUGAAAUUUGACAUCGAGGAAAACAAUAAAGCCAAGAGGACGCGAGGAAAAAGCAGAGGACGUGUCUCGUUUCAAUAAGACUUUUUUUUUAUUUAGCCUUAUUUAAGUUUUAGUUAUGGCUUUCAAUUUUUAUUUCACGAUUUGUUUUAAACUAGUACCUUUGAGCACGCGCUAUUUUUUAGCAUACUUUUAAUGCAUAUUGUACUGCUAUUUGUAUUUUCAUAAUAUACAACCGAUAAACCCUGA